CCCUGCGCCGCCAUGGCCCUGCUCCGAGGUGUGUUCAUCGUUGCUGCUAAGCGAACACCCUUUGGAGCUUAUGGAGGUCUUCUGAAAGACUUCACAGCUAUCGACUUGACUGAAUUUGCUGCCAAGGCUGCCUUGUCUGCUGGCAAAGUCUCGCCUGAGAUUGUUGACAGUGUCGUUGUAGGCAAUGUCUUGCAGAGUUCUUCAGAUGCUAUAUACCUGGCGAGGCAUGUUGGUUUGCGUGUGGGAAUCCCAGUAGCGACCCCAGCUCUCACUGUUAAUAGGCUCUGUGGCUCUGGUUUCCAGUCCAUUGUGAAUGGAUGUCAGGAAAUUUGUGUUAAAGAUGCUGAAGUUGUCUUGUGUGGAGGAAGCGAAAACAUGAGCCAGACUCCCUUCUGUGUCAGAAACAUGCGUUUUGGAACAAAGUUUGGAUUAGAUCUCCAGCUGGAAGAUACUUUGUGGGUAUCGUUAACGGAUCCACAUGUCCAAAUCUCCAUGGCAGUUACUGCAGAGAACCUUGCUGUGAAACAUGAAAUAAGCAGAGAAGACUGUGACAAAUACGCCCUGCAGUCACAGCAGAGGUGGAAAGCUGCUAACGAUGCUGGCUAUUUUAAUAAUGAGAUGGCACCAAUUGAGGUGAAGACAAAGAAAGGAAAACAGACAAUGCAAGUAGAUGAGCAUGCUCGGCCCCAGACAACCCUGGAACAGUUAAGUAAACUUCCUCCAGUUUUCAAGAAGGAGGGGACUGUCACUGCUGGGAACGCAUCGGGGGUAGCUGAUGGAGCUGGAGCUGUUAUCAUAGCUAGUGAAGAUGCUAUUAAAAAACAUAACUUCACACCACUGGCAAGAAUUGUCGGAUAUUUUGCAUCUGGAUGUGAUCCCUCUAUCAUGGGUAUUGGUCCUGUCCCUGCUAUCAAUGGAGCACUGAAGAAAACAGGACUAAAUCUUAAGGAUAUGGAUUUGGUAGAGGUGAAUGAAGCUUUUGCUCCCCAGUACUUGGCAGUUGAGAAGAGUUUGGAUCUUGACCCAAGUAAAACCAAUGUGAACGGAGGAGCCAUUGCUUUGGGUCACCCAUUGGGAGGAUCUGGAGCAAGAAUUACUGCACACCUGGUUCAUGAAUUACGGCGUCGAGGUGGAAAAUACGCCGUUGGAUCGGCUUGCAUUGGAGGUGGCCAAGGUAUCGCGGUCAUCAUUGAGAACACAGCCUGAGGAGAGCACGAAGCCUGCUAUGGCCCACUCCUGCUUUACUUGGCCAGGCCACAGUAAACCAGAUGACUUGCAGAGCAGCUGCAAAACCAGCCAUGCUCUGCCACUGAAAGCAGUUGAGUUUGACCAAGGGAUGGCGAGGUAAAGAUGCGGUUAUCAUGAAUAAGCGCCCAUACCAGCAUAAGUUCUCUCAAAUUUGCACCAAAUAUGAUGUAUUUCUGAACUAAAAUCCAACUAUAGAAGGCCUUAAAAGGAAUCGUAUCCUCGCCAAAUAACCACCACUUAUACCUUAGAUAGUAUGAUUGCAAGGAAAUUGAAUAAAUACUGCCAUAACUUCA